CAAAUAACUAUAUUUUUGGCUCUUAUAAUGCCGGUAUUUGAACGGCGCGCCUUGUUUAGUAACAUUUAAGCGCAUCAGUUUGCCGGACCUGGACCAACACUGAAUUCUCUUCCUUUUCGUGAAACACGUUGUGAAGUGCGUGUGAAAAAUGAGUUCGUUAAAACUUCAAAAGAGGCUCGCAGCCUCUGUUAUGCGAUGUGGCAAAAAGAAGGUUUGGUUGGAUCCCAAUGAAAUCAACGAAAUUGCCAACACCAACUCAAGACAAAACAUCCGCAAAUUGAUCAAGGAUGGUUUGAUCAUCAAGAAACCUGUAGCAGUCCACUCCCGUGCUCGCGUGCGCAAGAACACAGAAGCCCGCAGGAAGGGAAGACACAGCGGUUUUGGUAAAAGGAAGGGUACAGCAAACGCCCGUACACCACAAAAGGAAUUGUGGGUGCAACGUAUGCGUGUACUCAGAAGGCUGCUGAAGAAGUACCGUGAAGCAAAGAAGAUUGACAGACAUCUGUACCACUCCCUGUACAUGAAGACCAAGGGUAAUGUCUUCAAAAACAAGAGAGUCCUGAUGGAAUACAUCCACAAGAAGAAGGCGGAGAAGGCCCGUGCCAAGAUGUUGAGCGACCAAGCCAACGCCAGGAGGCUUAAGGUCAAACAAGCUCGUGAACGUCGUGAAGAACGUAUUGCCACCAAGAAGCAAGAGGUUCUUCAGAAUUACCAACGUGAAGACGAGGCCGCCGCCACCAGGAAAUAAUUUUAAGUGGACCUUUAUAUAAUAAAUAGGAAAAAAAUUAACAA